UGCCUUCAAGAUAACUGUAUCGAUCACUGACAUGUAUUUUUUCGCUGCGCUCGGUAGUAACCAACUCGUGGGGAUUAUUUUCACCGUAGUUUCCUUCAGUUCGUUUUAUAUUUCUUUCUGUAUCUCUAUUUCUCAUUCUAAAUCUUACUUUGUGUUUUGUAAUAAUAAUUCAUGUUCGUUUUCAGUAGCUGCUGCCGACGAGGUAUUUCAAGUAGUCCAAACCCCCGAACGUACCAGAUCAUUCGUUGGUGAAAAUGUCAUUUUCAGCUGCACAAUUUCCAACUCCGAAGAAAUGUCAAAAGUCAACAUUUACUGGUGGAAACUUGGCGAAGUAGAGCUCAUUCAACCAGAUAGCAGGAAAUAUAUUGACAUUGGGGAAGAAAAGGUCUCACUCCAGCUCCUGAAUAUCAGUAUCUCCGACUCUGGAGUCUAUCACUGCGGAAUCAAGUUCAGAGGAUUAAAUGUGGCAAAUGGCAGUGGAUCACAGCUUGUUGUCAUUGCUUCACCAACUCCUCUGCAAAUUCUUAGAAAUAGAAGAGAGCCAUCAACUCUCUUCUGUAAUAUGGCUCCAUUUUACCCGGCAGGAGUGACUAUUGUUUGGUAUAAAAAUAACAAAACCAUUUCGAAUGGAAUAAAUACCACUCAACGGCUCAACAGCGCCGGCAUGUAUGAAGCUUCUAGUACUCUUCAUGACGCACAGCUUGCCCAGAGCGGUACUGUUUACACCUGUCUGGCAGCUCACAUAACUCUGAAAAUUCCAGCCAUCGCAGUUUAUUUGGUUCCUAAUUCCAAUCCAGAUCGAGACGCCUGGACUUCGAUUAAUUUUUAUUUAAAGGUUUUUGGAUGCAUAGGGUUUGCAUUGACAUUUUUUCUUCUAAUGGUCAUUACCAGAAUCCCGUUCAGGUUCAUCAACUGUAGAGAUGUUUCAGAGACGAAUGUAAGGCCAGGAUGUAGUCCUGUUUCGGCGGCAAGCGAACUGCAAUGAGCCCAGAAUGCCUUGGAGCCUGCAGUUGAUGGAUGUAAUGACCACGCACUUCGUGAAGGUAGAUGUCAGAGCCAAUGGGCGGUACUCCUUGAGGCACCUUAUCACGUGUUGCUUUGGUACCGGGUUUAUCGUGGUCUUAAAACAGACCGUUGACAAUUAAAAAGUAGCAAACCACUGUGGCAAACAAGCUUUAUGCGUGGGAUUCUGAGAGGAAAAUUCAGAGAUGAGGACUUCAAUCGUUUCAUUCUUAUUGUCAUUAUACUGCCGUGAAAA